GGGUAAUCCAAGAUGGCGGGCGAGCCUUGGCCCGAUUUGGGUCGGCCGGGAGGGAGUUCAGCUGUCCCUCGGCGAGGCGGCCCGGCGGCUUCGGGCCUACUCCGGUGCGGAAGACCGGUGGAGACCAUCGCGUGAGCUGCUCCUGGUUUAGGCAAACCUUUGGAUUUGUAGGGCGCCAUGGAGAAAAUGGCUAGGGUGACCACCGCUCUUGGUGGCAACACGAUCACUGGACGGACCAUGUGCUGCCACCUGGACGCCCCUUCUAAUGCCAUCAGCGUGUGCCGGGACGCUGCUCAGGUGGUAGUGGCCGGGCGCAACAUUUUCAAGAUCUACUCCAUCGAAGAAGACCAGUUUGUGGAAAAACUCAACUUGCGUGUCGGCCGCAAACCAUCCCUGAACUUCAGCUGUGCCGACGUGGUGUGGCACCAGAUGGAUGAGAAUUUGCUGGCCACCGCAGCCACGAAUGGGGUGGUGGUGACGUGGAACCUCGGCAAGCCCUCUCGGAACAAACAGGACCAGCUUUUCAUGGAGCACAAGCGAACCGUGAACAAGGUGUGCUUUCACCCUACUGAGGUCUAUAUGCUCCUCAGCGGGUCUCAGGAUGGCUACAUGAAGUGCUUCGACCUACGGAAAAAAGAUUCAGUCAGCACAUUCUCAGGUCAGUCGGAGAGCGUGCGUGACGUCCAGUUUAGUAUCCGCGACUACUUCACCUUUGCUGCCACCUUUGAAAACGGCAAUGUUCAACUGUGGGAUAUCCGCCGGCCUGACCGCUAUGAGAGGAUGUUCACGGCCCACAACGGACCUGUGUUCUGUUGCGAUUGGCAUCCAGAGGACAGGUAUGAACACGUGUGUGUGUGUCUGUCUGAGAAAAGGAUACGGGGAGGACAAUUUUACUAUGGACUAUUCAGCCUUUUCUGCUUCUCUCCCAGCUUUAACUUGAAAGAUAUUCCCUCUGGAAUAGGCACGGAGUCGCGGCUGGAGAGGAGCAAAGGGGAGAACCGUCCCGAAGCCAUUCUCAUGGAUUCCUCCUCCACUCUGAUCAAUAACGACGAGAACGAGGAGACAGAAGGAAGUGACGUUCCUGCCGAUUAUCUCCUGGGCGAUGUAGAAGCCGAUGAAGAUGAUCUGUACAUGAUGGACCACGAGAAUCCUCACACCGAAGAGCAAGAGUAUAUCCUUCCCCAGGAAGCCUUUCCUUUACGCCACGAGAUCGUCGACAACCCGUCUGCCCUGGACCACCUGCAGGAUAAAGCCGACUCGCCCCACGUCAGUGGCAACGAGGCGGAGACCGUGUCUCUCACCCCGGUGGAAUCCUUUUCCCUCAUUUCCAUUUCACACUCCCUCUACGAGAACCGCCUGCCAGCUGAUUUCUUCAGCCCAAUCGUUCACGACAUGCUUCUCUUCUACGCCGAGCAGGGAGACGUCCAGAUGGCCGUGUCGGUCCUGAUUGUGCUGGGAGAUCGCAUCAAGAAAGGAAUUGAUGACCAGACACAGGAACAUUGGUACAUGUCGUACAUUGACCUGCUGCAGCGUUUCCAGUUGUGGAACAUCUCCAACGAAGUGAUCAAACUGAGCACCUGCAGGGCCAUCCACUGCCUCAACCAAGCCUCCACCACCCUGCACAUCAACUGCAGCAGCUGCAAGCGGCCGAUGAGCAACAAGGGGUGGAUCUGUGACCGGUGCAGGCAAUGUGCCAGCAUGUGUGCCGUGUGCCACCAUGUGGUCAAGGGCCUCUUUGUGUGGUGCCAGGGCUGCAGCCACGGUGGUCACCUGCAGCAUAUCAUGAAAUGGCUGGAAACCAGCUCCCAUUGUCCUACAGGAUGUGGUCACCUUUGUGAAUACACCUGAAUUUAAGAGAACGUCGAUGUCCACUGGGCUACAAAUUCCUGGGGGCUGCCUAGAACUGAGAACCUCACUUUUUUUUUGGGGGGGGGGUUGGAGGGAAGAGGGGAGAAAGGGAGAGAUUAUAGUCACCGUGGUUGCUGAUCUAGAUAGCUGCUGUGAAACCUCACCAGGUUG